CUGGUCCCGGCCAGGCCAUCUGUCCGUCCGCUCGUCCACCCGGCUCGGCCCGCAGGGCGUCGGGGGGCGGAGGCGAAGCCCAGGCCGCGGCCGCAUGAAGGAGUGCGAGUACCAGCAGAUCCGCCCCGGGGCCGCCCCGCCGCCGCCGCCCAGUACCCCACGCUCCGGCUCCGGUUCUGGGCCGCCCCCUACGCCCCUCAGGCGGAGCUCGGUCCCGGGCCCCACCGCAGCUGCCCCUCUUCCUGCUACCUCCACCCGACCCUGCCGCAAAUGGGAGGUAUUCCCGGGCCGCAACCGCUUCUACUGCGGCGGCCGCCUUAUGCUGGCCGGGCACGGCAGCGUCUUCGCGCUCACCGUCCUGCUCAUCGUCACCACUACGACGCUCUUCUUCAUCUUCGACUGCCCUUUCCUGGCCCAUCAUCUGACCCUGGCCAUCCCCAUCAUCGCGGGCAUCCUCUUCUUCUUCGUCAUGAGCUGCCUGCUUCAGACAAGCUUCACUGAUCCUGGGAUCCUGCCCCGAGCUACGCCCAGUGAGGCGGCCGCCCUGGAGAAACAGAUUGACAGCAGCGGCAAUUCCACGUACAGGCCGCCCCCAAGGACCAAGGAGGUGAUGAUCAAUGGACAGAUGGUGAAACUGAAAUACUGCUUCACCUGCAAGAUGUUUCGGCCCCCCCGGACCUCCCAUUGCAGCGUGUGUGACAACUGUGUGGAACGGUUCGACCACCACUGCCCUUGGGUGGGCAACUGUGUAGGAAAACGGAAUUACCGCUUCUUCUAUGCCUUCAUCCUCUCCCUCUCCUUCCUGACUUCCUUCAUCUUUGCCUGUGUCAUCACCCACCUGACUUUGCGUUCUCAGGGAGGCACCUUACUGGACACUCUGAAGGAGACACCAGCGAGUGUGCUGGAGUUGGUGAUUUGCUUCUUCUCCAUCUGGUCCAUCUUGGGCCUCUCAGGGUUUCACACUUACCUCGUCGCCUCCAACCUGACAACCAACGAGGAUAUCAAAGGCUCGUGGUCCAGUAAGAAAAGUCCAGAGAAUUCCACUAACCCCUACAGCCAUAAAAGUGUCGUCGCCAACUGCUGCGCUGUGCUCUGUGGGCCUCUGCCCCCAAGCUUGAUUGACCGGAGGGGAUUUGUUCAGCCUGAUACCCUGUUGCCCUCUCCCACCAAGAACGAAGAGCCUACCUGCGGAGCCAAGCCAGACAGCAGCAUGGUAGGAGGCCACCCUUAGAGGAACUCAGUGCUUGCCAGCCUGCCAGUCCCUCUUCCCUGCGCCCACUGCCUCCCCGUGCCUGCUGGACCCAACCCCACUGGGGCAGAGCAACCAAACGCCCAUGUCAAGCCUCCUAUUUAUUUCUGCACUUCCUCCCCAUUCAUGGCUGUUCCUGAUCUCUUCUGUUGCUGCCCCUGUGCCAUCCCAGGGGGAUUCCCCUUUGCCUAAGUCCAGGAGCCAUGUGAAAAUGACCAGAGACUCCCUACUGGUUCACAGUGGUGAGACAAGAGAACCUCCACCUGGUCAUAGUUGGGAAGAUGGAGGGAGGGCUGGACAAGUGCCCACAUUGCCAUAGAGAAACAGUUUCUUUGCCUUUUAUACCCAUGUCUGUGCUGAGGAGGUAUAGCCCUAGAUGGUUGGAUGUGGGUGUGAGGAGGCCCCAGGCCUGGCUGAUCUAAGAGAACCAGAGACCGAGGGCAGCCGUCACAGUGAAGGUUUGGGAGCCCCAAAGGCUUAGCAGGUAGAAGAGCAGAUUUCAGAGUCUGGCAUCGGGGUUGCCUUUGUCUUUUAUUGUUGUUAUUGAUUGACUCCUGGGAAGGAGCCAGGCCCCUGCACAGAGCUAUCUGAUAGGGCAGGGCUGGCGGUCCAGCGAUGGGAGGAGGAGAAGGACAGUGUCCCUAUUUAAGGUUCCUGGGAACAGAGGGAGCCAGCCCUCCUGUGGGCAGUGGGCCCAGCAAGCGUCCGUCUGUUUAGAUUCCUGGCCUUAGAUUAAGCAGUGAGAGCCCUUCCCUCAGGCCCCCCAGAGAUCCUCCACAGGCUCUCCCACCUCCCUAGCGUGGGUGAGAUACACACACUCACACACAUGCACACAAACAUGCUGGCAAUACUUGAAAUGGGUGUUAUUGAAGCUGCUGGGUAUUUUGCACAAUUUUAUAGAACUCUUUUCUACAUAGAAUUUUUAAAAGAAAAAAAAAAUCCUUAGCCCCGUUGUUGUUUCUCUAGUGCUGGGUGGUGUUGGCAAGAGCAGGUUGGUUUUGUGAUUUUGUCACAAGAGACCUUCUGGUUUGUUGUGAGUGUAUCUGGCUGUGUGUGUGUGAGAGAGAGAGAGAGAGAUUUUCAUUCGUGCAUGCCCGGCUGAUUGGCUGGGUGUCUCCCACUCCCCCACGUGCCCUGUGUUCCCACCUGUGGGGAUCUGGGCCCAGCAGCAGCAGGCAGGGGAGCCGUAUGAGCCAUGGGUGCUGGGAGAGUGAAUGAGCGUGUGUGUGUGUGUGUG